CAGAGUUCAUUGCGGAAGAAGGUCACCGGUAAAGGAAGCUACGGAAGCAUGAAUUACGCUCGCUUUCUAACAGCUGUGAGCGCAGCCAGAAAACCCUCCGCCAUCCGCCUGCUGACGGAGCUCCAGCAGCGCUCUCCUCCAUCUCUGAUCUCUCUGGCCGGAGGAGCCCCGAACCCGAACACCUUCCCCUUCCAGUCGGCCAGUAUCACUGUGAGGGGUGGAGAUGCUCUGCUGCUGGACCACACGCUGAUGAAGAGAGCGCUGCAGUACUCCGGCUCAUACGGUAUUCCAGAGCUGCUGUCGUGGAUGAAGGAUCUGCAGAAGAGUCUUCACAAUCCUCCUACAGCCUCCUUCAGUGCAGAUAGAGGGCAGAUGGAGAUGUGUGUGACCACCGGCAGUCAGGAGGGCCUCUGCAAGAUUUUCGAGAUGCUGGUCAGCUGUGGUGAUAAUGUCCUCCUGGAUGCUCCCACGUACUCAGGAACGCUGGCGGCCCUCCAGCCGUUGGGUUGUAACAUCAUCAACGUGUCGAGUGAUCAGCACGGCAUGAUCCCUGAAGCCCUGCAGAAGAUCCUGGAGGUUUGGGACCCUGCAGAUGAACGCAAGCCCAGAGUCUUGUACACCAUCCCCAAUGGAGGAAACCCUACCGGAGCCUCCAUGACCCACGAGAGGAAGCAGAAGGUCUAUGAGCUUGCGAGGAAAUACGACAUGCUCAUCAUUGAGGACGACCCGUAUUACUUCCUGCAGUUUCAGAAACCGUGGGCUCCUACAUUUCUCUCCAUGGACGAGGAUGGACGUGUGCUGCGAACAGACUCCUUCUCCAAGAUUCUGUCAUCAGGCUUGCGGAUUGGUUUUGUCACAGGCCCAAAGCCGUUGGUGGAUCGAGUGGUUCUUCACAUCCAGGCCUCCACCAUGCACACCAGCACCUUCACACAGCUCAUAGUCUCUCAGCUCCUCCACAACUGGGGUCAAGACGGUUUUCUCAAACACAUCGACAGUGUGAUUGAGUUUUACAGGUCUCAGAGAAACGCCAUGCUCUCCUCAGCGGACAGAUGGCUCAAAGAUGUGGCUGAAUGGCAUCCUCCACUCGCCGGCAUGUUCCUCUGGGUUAAAGUCAAGGGUGUAAAAGACACACAGAAGCUGAUAAUGGAGAAAGCACUGGAGAAAGAGGUUCUUCUGGUUCCUGGAGGAGUGUUUAACAUCAACAGCUCAGAUCCCUGUCCAUAUGUCAGAG